GCACAAAAUAGAAUAUUUUCCUGGCGAAUUGGGGAAAGAAAAACUUACUGGUUCACAAGACAUGUCCAAGUACUCCAAUCCCGAGUAUUGGGAGGAGAGAUAUCGCAGCAGUGAUACCAUCUUCGACUGGUUUCUGACGUAUGAUAACCUGAAGCCGAUUAUCCAGCCGCUUUUACAACCUGCCGAUCAAAUUCGGGUACUCAUUGUGGGUUGUGGAAAUAGCCGUCUUUCCGCGUGUUUAUACGAGCAUCUUGGGAUCAAAAAUAUCACAAAUGUGGAUAUUUCGCCGACAGUCAUUGGCCAAAUGCAGCGCCGGUACGCCGAAAUGGAUAAGAUGCAGUGGAUAUGUUUAGAUUUACUGACAACGCCAAUCGAUAAGCUUAUUCAAGAUUUGUGCCCCAAUAAAGAAUUGUUUGAUUUUGUUAUUGACAAAGGACUAGUUGAUUGUAUUCUUGGUGGAGGUAACUCCUUUCAUAACGUGCACAUUUUCAAUCAAAAUAUAUCGAACUUACUAAAGAAGGGCGGUUCCUACAUAGCAGUCUCUUACGGGUCACCGGAAACCCGUAUCGAUCAUUUCCGGCGCAAGAAAUUAUUCUUCGAGGUAGAGCAUAGAUCAAUUGAAAAACCCAUGUUUUGUUCACCCGAUACAAGUCCCACCGGACACUACCACGUGUACAUUAUGGUGAAAAAGGAAGAAAAGAUGCAACAGCAAUCCUUAGAAGGCGGGCUUCAAGAUGAUGAUUCUGACGAGGAUGAUUUUUACGAUCGUUUUAUGUCGCGAAAGUAGACCAAAAAAAGGCAAAACAGCAUCAAAAUAAUGUAAAGAUAAAAAAUUAUUGACUGUCAGAGUUUUUUUUUACUUCCCGCAGCUUAUCGAUAAAUCAACUCCUUAGAUAUGUACAAGGCAGGUGGAAUGUAUUGAAAAAAAAUGCACUCAUAAAAAAAA